AUUGGAGCCUGCAGACAUGGGGACCGCUGCUCCAGAUUGCACAACAAGCCAACCUUCAGCCAGGAAGCUUCUUGAAGAUGUAUCGUGAAAAUUUUGCAAUUUUUUUGAAAGUUUCAAGACCAUCUUGAUUCAAAACAUCUACCAUAAUCCCCAAAACAGUGCACAGACGGCCGACGCCUCUCGCUACCAUUGCCCUCUUGAACAUUUACCGUAACCCUCAAAACUCUGCCCAGUCUGCCGAUGGCUUGAACUGUGCUGUCAGCGAUGUGGAGAUGCAAGAGCAUUACGACGAGUUCUUUGAGGAAGUAUUCACAGAGAUGGAGGAAAAGUACGGAGAGGUGGAGGAGAUGAAUGUGUGUGAUAAUUUGGGUGACCACCUGGUGGGCAAUGUCUAUGUCAAGUUUCGUCGUGAGGAGGACGCAGAGAAAGCGGUCAUGAACCUGAAUAACCGCUGGUUCAAUGGCCAGCCCAUCCAUGCAGAACUCUCCCCAGUCACUGACUUUAGGGAAGCUUGCUGCCGCCAAUAUGAAAUGGGAGAAUGCACCCGAGGUGGCUUCUGCAACUUCAUGCACUUGAAGCCCAUUUCCCGGGAACUGCGUAGAGAGUUGUAUGGCCGCCGGCGGAAAAGGCACCGCUCUCGCUCUCGUUCCCGGGAUCGGCGUUCCCGUUCAAGGGAUCGAGGACGUGGAGGACGGGACCGUGAAAGGCGAAGGUCAAGGGACCGGGAACGCUCAGGAAGAUUCUAAUAGAAGCCAAGAUUGACCCGGUGUCCUGGGGGAACAAAAGAAAAACCCACCCCUCCUGCCCCUUAUUAGUGAUUUUUUUUUCAUUAGGUGAAUUGUUGACAAUGUUUGAUUUUCUUUUCUUUUAUCUCCAUUUUCUAAGAUGAACUUGUGUUGUUUUCACAAUAAAAAAAAAAUUGUUACUCUUC